AUGCGAAGGGUAGCGAUACAGAAGGGAGCUUUCAAGCUCACAUCCUUUCAUGAGGGAGCUUUCACGCCCAACACAUCCUUUUAUGAGGGAGCUUUCGCGCCCAACACAUCCUUUUAUGAGGGAGCUUUCGCGCCCAACACAUCCUUUUAUGAGGGAGCUUACAAGCUCACAUCCUUUUAUAAGGGAGCUUUCACGCCCAACACAUCCUUUUAUAAGGGAGCUUUCACGCUCAACACAUCCUUUUAUGAGGGAGCUUUCAAACCCACAUCCUUUUAUGAGGGAGCUUUCACGCCCAACACAUCCUUUUAUGAGGGAGCUUUCACGUCCAACGCAUCCUUUUCUGCUGGGUUUUUAAGUAAAUAUACUAGAGUAUCAUCCACUGGCUCAACUCUUAGGCCCUGUCCACACUGUCGAGCAGAGCCCGGCAGACACUGCCCGCUGUUUGUAUUUCUCUCGCUUCUGAAGCCAUGUUACCAGAUGAUUGUAUCCUUUCAGGCUCAUAUUAGGCAGAGCCCGACGGUCUCUGCCCUUACAAGGCAAAGUCCGUCUGUAGCAGCGUUACCAAACUGGUGGAGGGCUUCCCGCAUAACAUCGUCUGCAUCGUCACGCAUCCUUUUGCCUGAUCGAUUGGCAGUAUUCAGUGUAGUAGAGGUGUCACUUCUGGCUGAAUUGUCCGUAUUGUCCGUAGGACAUGCAGUAGACACUGCAGGCGGUGUCAUUACAGGUGUUGUUACUGCAAGAGAUGUUUCACCAACUCCCAUCACUAUAUACCUUUCCUCCUCCUCCUCCUCCUCCUACUUCACCACCACAUCCUCCCCCUUUUCCUCCUCUUCCUCCUCCUCUACCACCUUCUCCUCCUUCUCCUCCUCCUCCUCCACCACCUCUUCCUCCUUCUCCUCCUCCUCCACCUCCUCCUCCUCUACUCCAUCUCCAAUCUACUCCUCCUCUUACUCCUCCUCCUCCAUCUCCUCCUCCUCUUCCUUCUCCUUCUCCUCCUCCUCCUCCUUCAAUUUUGAGUCAGCUGACUAUCUAGACUCUGAAUCGGUUGACACUGUAGACUUUGAGUCAGUUGACUCUCUAUAUGUUGAGUCAGUGCUGACUCCAGACUUUGUAUCAGUUGGCUCUUUAGACUUUAAGUCAGUUGACUCUCUAUACUUUGAGUCAGUUAACUCCCUAGACUCUGAGUCAAUUGACUCACUAGACUCUGAGUUAGUUGACUCACUAGACUCUGAGUCAGUUGACUCCCUAGACUCUGAGUCAGUUGAUUCUCUAGACUCUGAGUCAGUUGACUCCCUAGACUGUGAGUCAGUUGACUCCCUAGACUGUGAGUCAGUUGACUCAGUAGACUCUGAGUCAGUUGACUCCCUAGACUCUGAGUCAGUUGACUCACUAGACUCUCAGUCAGUUGACUCCCUAGACUCUGAGUCAGUUGACUCCCUAGACUGUGAGUCAGUUGACUCCCUAGACUGUGAGUCAGUUGACUCCCUAAACUCUGAGUCAGUUGACUCACUAGACUCUGAGUCAGUUGACUCACUAGACUCUGAGACAGUUGACACCCUACACUCUGAGUCAGUUGACACCCUACACUCUGAGUCACUUGAUUCUCUAGACUCUGAGUCAGUUGACUCUCUAGACUCUGAGUCAGUUGAGUCCCUAUACUCUGAGUCAGUUGAUUCUCUAGACUUUUAG